AUGGCCUGCUGCUCGCUUGUCUCGUAUCUGCCAUGCGACCCCAUCUCCACUGCAUGUGCACUCACGUGCGAGCACACCGCCGCCUCUGAUCGCUGGCAGUGCACUGCCCGUCGCUACGAGUACCUUCUCCCCACCUACGCCCUCAGCCCAAAGGAGAUGCCGCCCCUCGUGUCCUAUCGCGUGACCCAAGAGCAGCUCGACAAGUUCCAGGAAGUUUUGUCCACAAAGAAGAUGCGGGACCCGUCGGCCAAGCGCCACAUGCUCUACUUCAAGGUGCCCCCUCCGUCCCCUUCCUGGUGA